GGGAGUCAGGAUUUAUUCAAUACUUGUUUUCUCCCUCCACAGACUAAGAUACAUGGGUGACAUCAAGACCGACCUUCUGGCAUGGCGGCAAAUAACUUAUGAGCAUCUUGACCCGAGGGACCUUGCUACUGCUAUCAAGCAAAGGCUCGGUACCGGUGUAGAAGGUCACCCUGUAUGCACAAAACUGGGCUCGACUAACGGUGAGGUUCCAUACAGGGUCAGUGUGCGAGGGAGGGUGAACUUGAUGAGGCUCUGCGAGUGCCUGAAGGAAAACAGAUUCCAUUUUGUGGAAGUUGAAGCCUUUACCCGGGGACAGGCGGCAUCAUCGUCGUCGGUUUCAGGUCGGACCGACUCCGCAACUGUGCAUUUUGAUGUCAAUAUCAACUAUAAGUAGCCCCAGCACCGUAUGAAGUGCUGGCCCUGCUGUGGUUUGUCAAAGGUCUUUCCAUGAUAGAUAUCUAUCUACAUCUAGCCCUGUGUUGUGUAGUACUAUCUACCGAGUCAGUAUAGUCUAACAAAAAGCUAUGCUCUGAUGAUGGCUUGUCAUCUGUGCAAUUGUGUGUGCUGCAAUAUCUUAUUAGCUUGUAAUUCUUCCGGGGAAGGAAAUUAUCAAAUUAUGCUAGUGACUGCUUGGUCGUGUACUCGACUACAUGCAUGUAUCAGUUGUAACUUGAUAUGAUCAAAUAAAACCGCUUGAAUUCCCC